AUGAAUCAAAAUCAAGUUGUAGAAGUCUAUAUGGCCAAGUAAGGUUAAAUAGUUUAAUCUUAUUUGAUUACAUUGGUUGAUGGGACAGGAUCAAUGUCAAAUGAAUAUGAAGCAGUGAUUAAAGCACAUUAAGAUGUGUUUUCAUAUUUAGGAAAUUAAAAGAUGGAUUAUCAAUGGGAAUAAGAUUUGUAUUCUUUUACUCCUUUCAGAAGUGCAGGAAGCGGAAAUAUAUCAAAAACAUUUAAGUCUAUUUUUCAAAAAUUAUUAAAUUAAACUUAUCCAUCAAACAUCACAUUUUUAUUUGUAAGUGAUGGAUAAGAACAUUUUCAAAUAGAUGAGAUAAAGACCAUGAUUGAUUAAGUGAAAAAAAAUUACUUAAUCUAAUUCAUUAGUGUAGCAGUAGGUGAUUCUUUUCCAAGUCAAAUAAGUAAUACAUUAAGAAAUGAAAUUCAUAAUUAAAACUCUAGUUGUCCAGCAGUAUUUAAAGUAAAUAGAAAACAUUAAUCAUUUGAAGUUUUACAUAAAGAAUUUUAUGAAAUAUUUUAAGAAGUUAAAAAAUAAUUAGAUGUUUAAAAUAAACAUUUUGAAGUUAAUUAACCUGUUUUUCAAACUUUAGUAUAAGAAUAACCUUCAAUAUUAGUUGCACCAAAUGAACCUUUUUAUAGAAAAGUUGAUUAAUAAUCAGUUCCUUUAAUAAUAGAAGAUGAAACAAUUCAACCAACUGAUGAUCCAGUUAAUAUUUCAAAACUCAUUUCUAAUUCUGUAGAAAAAGAAUUAAUUAUCACAGCAAGUGAUCCAUAACAUGAUUAUAAAUAAGGAUUUAGCAAAAUAUCUGAAUUAGGUUAAAAGAUUUUAGAUAAUGCUAAAUUUGAUAACAAAGAUUUAGAAAUUAAAAAACAAGCAUCAUCUUAAAUAUAUUUAGCUAAUAAUAUAUCAGAAGGUAAUUUAGAUUUAAAGAAAAAUGAAAAGGAAAUGACAGAUUUAUAAAAAGAUAUUAGAAAUCCUAUUAAACUUAUAGAGUAUGUUGAAAAAAAUGCAUAAGAAAUUGAUUAAAUAGAAUGGACUCAAAAUAAAGCUAAGUUAAGAAUGUAAGGUUAAUUUAAUAAUACUAAACUUGGAUGUUAUGUGAAAUCAAAAACUACAUAGAAAGAAUUAGAUUUAAUAGAAUCUAUUUGGUCAAUUACUACUGAAGGUUUAAAUAAUCAUAAAAAAGUUAUUUAAAGAGAUCCUUAAUGUAAUCUAAAUACAUUAUUAAUUGAUUUAAAAACUUUAUUGGAUCAUUAAUUAUUAAAAAUAUUUGAUAAAUAAUCAAUGAGUGAAUUGCAGGAAAAACAUUUAAUUAUUUUGAAAGAAUUAAAUGAUACUUUAAAGGAUAUGAAUUCUUUAAUUCUUAAAAAGGAUAAGGUAAAAAUAAAUGAAGUAUUAUAAUUAAUUGAAAAAAGAGCAAAACCUAUUGAUGAAAACAAUAUUAAUUAAACAGGAGCUAUUUUUGAUUAUACUGAUGAAUUUGCAUUUUUACCAAAAUCAUUAUAAACAUUAAUUAGAGAUGAUGAAGAUGAAUUAGAAAAAAUGAUUGUUAUUAUAUUUGAUGAAAAUUAGAGUAUGGAAAAUGAAAUUUAAGCAGCGAAAUCAAUUUAUUUAUAAGUCUUUUCUGGAUUAAACUAAAAUUUGAGAAUAGAAAUUUCUUGGUCAAAUGGAUAAUUUUCACUUUUAGAAGAUUAAUAGUAAAAAUAUGGUUCACUUUUAGCAAUCUUUUAAAAAUUAGAUCCAAAUUAUAAUCUUAAAAAUAAAUGUAUAAGCUUGUGUAUUGUUACUGAUGGAAAAACAGAUUAUGGUUCACUUCAUAAAGCAACAAAAGAAAUAAAAUAGAAUUAAUAUCUGAUUAAACUUAUUUAUGUUACAGUAGGAAGCUAUCUUAAGAAUUAUUUGGAAGGAGUGAUUUUAUCAAAAUUCUAAAACAGAGAAGUCAAAGGAAAACCUAUUAUUAAAGUAAUACCUAGAACUAUAUCUAAUAAAUUUGAAACUUAAUAAGCUCUUAAUAAAUCAACAACAGUUCCCAAAAUUGAUUAACAAUUUAUCAAAGUUUUUGAUGAUAUUCUUGCCAUUAUUUAGAAAGAUAAAAAACCUUAAUUGCUUUAGAACUAAUAUUGA